CGAAUCAUGGGCCUAUUGCGACCUUAUCUUCUUGAUUCUUUCAAAGUGAAGAGAUUGUUGUGGGUACUACUUACACAUUAGACCGUUGAUGCUACAGAUAACGCGACUUCGUUUUGUGGAUGACAAGUGGCAUCAGAUUCAUGAAGAAUCAUUUUUGAGUGUCAGUCCUUGACAUCAUUAGCCUAUAUUUCAUCUACGUUAACAUCUGUUGACGUGAUGGGAACGGUAGUUGACGACUUCAGACAACUAUUAAAAGACUGUGAACUGUUUAUCUUUGACAUACUUCAGGACGAGGAACUCAGUACCGGUGCUCAUGAAGCCAGGGAAAUUCUCCUGCGAAACUUUUUUGUCAUCCAGAAAAGACAUCCACAAGAAUUUCCCCACACAUUUGAAACCAGUCAGGAGGAUAGUUCAGAUGACAACCGGAGCAACAGUCUGGGACGUUCUGCCCCCUCAGACAAUGUGUCGGUGGCCUCUGACUACCAAGACGACGCCAAUCCGGAGUUUUUUGAAGAAAUCCCUUUGGUGGCUGCACAGGACCUUACCAACAUCCUAAAGCAAGGUUACCUGGAGAAGAAAAGGCGCGAGCAUAGUUUCUUCACCGUUGAAUGGCAGAAGCGCUGGUGUGUUCUGAACAACACCAUAUUUUAUUACUUCGGGAGUGACAAAGACAAGCAGCAGAAGGGUUCUUUUAAUAUCAACGGCUACAGUGCUGAGCUGGUACCGAGUUUACGCAAGGACUCCAGGAAGAAUUCAUGCUUUGAGUUGAGUUCUCCUGGAAGGCGCUCUUUCCAGUUCACUGCCAGCAGUCCCCGUGAGGCCCGGGAAUGGGUGGACCAGAUCAAUUUUGUCCUUAAAGAUCUGAGCUCUAAUUUCAUCCCCGUUGAUGAUGAUGAGGAAGAAGAGGUUGAAGAGGUGGAAGAAACGUAUGAUGACAUUGAGCGAGCCACCACACCACCACCAACACGUCCUGGGCCGGCACCAGCAUCAAUGACAACUCCAAGUAAAAGACAACCACUCCAGAGCUCCCGUGAAGAAUGGGAGGACAUAGGAAGAAUCCAAGAGAUUGAUGACGAGGAGGAAGAAGAUAUUUAUGAGGUGCUUCCAGAUGAUGAAAAUUUAGACCAUGUUGACGAAGGCUGUGACAAAAUUGGUUCAGAUUAUGCAAACUAUUACCAAGGUCUGUGGGAUUGUGAAGCGGAGGGACCAGAUGAGUUGGCCUUCCAAAGAGGAGAUCUCAUAUACAUCCUCAGCAAGGAAUAUAACAUUCAUGGAUGGUGGGUCGGGGAGCUGGAUGGUGACAUUGGCAUUGUUCCAAAGGAAUUUUUACAUCCUGCUUAUAUCCUAUGAGGUUUAUGCUUUGUGAAGAAUAAUCUUUUAGUAUAUGGAAUUAUCACAUUUACAAAUGUUAUUGUAUAAAAUAAGAUGUUUAUGUUGUCUGUAAAGUCAAUGCACAUACAUGAAUUGUAAAAAACCCAAAACCGUUAUCAAUACCUGAGAAUUUUUUCUUGCAUAAAAUGUAUAUUGAAAAUCCAAAUUACAUGCUUAAUGUACACUAAAAGGCAAAAAAUAAGCCUUCAGUUUUAAAAUAUUAGUUUUAGUUAAAACACCUUUAUCUUGUUUGCGUGACACACAUCUUAACACCUUUCAAAUUUCCUUAUUCUUUUAGUGUCUGGUAAUGUGUUUCAAUGAUUGUAUUAAAAAAAAGGCACAUUAAUGACAAGGAAACUGUCUGAAAGGAGACAUCUACUGGUUGUUUUUAGUAUUUUUCCAUAUCAAAUGUUUUUUGCUAUUUUUUCAAAUCUAUAUUAUUCUAAUGUCCGUUUGUAGAAUAU